AUGGGAUGCAGCCAAGGAGUCAGCUGGAAGCUGCUGCUGCUACUGGGGAGCCCUGCUGGGGGCAACGGCAAACCACCCGCUUCUCCUCCUCCAGUUGUUGCAGCUGCUGCUUCCUCCUCCGCCGCCACUACCUCCUUCUCCUCCAGAUUGCAGCCGAUCUCCCCCCGGACCAGCCUGACCACCAGAGCCAGCAAGAAGGACAGGGAUCCGGCACAGAGAGCCGAGGAAAGUUUCCGGGAGCUCCAGAUUUUCUGCAGCACCAGGUCUCCCCAGCAGAGCUGGCAGGUUAAUUUCCACUUCAGGGUCUUCUUGAUGACAGAAGAGCUAUUAAUAAUAGUCCAAGCAUUGGGUGUGAAAAUACCUAGACUUCCUAGAACCACAGCUGAGAAUCAGAGUGGUGGUCAAUUUUACCAUCACUGGCAGCUCUCACUCUCAAGAACACAAAGCUAUGGGAUUUCAGACUCAAAAAGAUUUUUAACAGAUUUGAGCACACAUCAGGUGGAGCUCUCAUCCAUUGCAGGUUCGAGGAGGGAAGAAGUGACAAAUACUGCACUUGGUGGCAAUCUGAGCCUCCCCAAGGCAAUGAAGAGAGUGCUGGUAUCUGGCACUAAUGGAGAAGGAGCAGGGGAUUCUGACACAGGUCAUGCGGCAGUAAGAAGGAACUGGAGCAGCCUCGGUCCACACUGCCCUUUAUGCCCUCAGUUUGGAGCACGAGGAGAACAACUGUGCAUUUGCAGACCAAUGGAUGCUGUCAAGCUGUAUGGAUUGGCUCACGACCGUGGUCUAAUGACAGAGCAUGUGGGCGAGGGCGCACCCUUGUGGGCUUCCAGCUGACACAUCAAACCACUUGAUUUUGGCACUGAAACAGUGGAUUUUCCUGCAGAUCAGUUACAGACUAAGCUGUGAAAAUAUCCCAGAAAUACCUUUCAAGUUAAAAAAAAAAAAAAAAUCUACAAAAUCUAAGAUGAAAACACACAGCUCCAGAAAAGCAGGAUCAGUCCUGGAAGACAGUCAAGAAAGCAGAGGGGGGGAGAGGGAGGAGGAGAAAUCUGACAUGGCUACUAGAAUAAUACAAGAAUUUACUCUGAAUUUAACAAGCAUCAUGGAAGCAAAAUUUUCCACAUCAAUGGAAUAUCAGGGUGGAUGGCUUUCAAGAUCAGAUGCAAAGGAGUUACAAACAGAGAGCCAACUCAGACAUUGGCAGAGGCAAUGGUGAAACUACUUCAAAACAAGAUGACCUAUCUAGAGAUGUGAGCUGAAGAUACAGAGAAAGGCAAUGAACCCAUUCGUAAAAUAAGGUAGUCCUCAGUGUGAACCGGGGUGGCUAAAUGUGACUGAGACUUGCCACUGUUGAGGGUAUAUCACCAGACAAGACUUCCUGAGCUAUCAACAAUAUAUCUCCAUUAAUUAUUCGGAGCUGUCUGACCUCCAGUAUAUCUAAAUCUCUCACCCAAAGCACAAAAAUCAGCUUAUGAGAGAGAGAAUUCACCUCCACAUAAAACAGCACAAAAGAUUUUCAAGUUUCCUUAAGAGAACAUAAUGAUAUCACAAAAGAAAGACUGGGUACUGCUGCACCCUGCACAUCCAAUUAGAGAGGGAUGGCUUGCCUCCUUUGCAAGAAUAUCCCACUCUCAGGUGAUACAAUUGUGGCUGAAGCUAAAGGUCAUUAUCUCCUGUUCUCCAGAACAUCUUUUGUAUAGUAUCUGGAACCAAUGCUUAAAUUAUAAUGAAAGAUGUGCCAGGGCACAUGCAGUUAGGUGCCAGCGCUCAAGCAAUUUUUUUUAACAUUCAUAACUGAUGCAGAAAGCCCAAAGUGCCGGUGCUAUAUAUUGCCAAGCCUAGAGGUGCUGGGGCUCACAUCUGGUAAGCCCUGGCACAAAUGAAGCACUGUCUGGAACAUAUGUAGUCCACCAGAUGAUUCCAUAAAGUUUUUACUCAGACUGCUCACUACACUUACCUUAUUGAUAGUGUUCAUAAUGGGAUGGAAUUUUUAUACAAUACUGAAUCCACAUAUAAAAGUUCCCCCCCAAAAAACAAGUUAAUAAAAAGGUUAAGGUUCUAAAACCUCUUGAUGCAGAGAAACAGCUGGUGGAUUCAGGGCAAAUAUAUUUGGUAUAAGUUUACACCUGAAUGGUAUAUUAGAUAAGCUUAUAAAAUGCUGUAUCCAAAUAUCCUGAGCUUUAUCAAAUCGAUACCAACUACAGCACCAGUUGCUUGGUAAUAUGAUUAUCCUUAAAUUUUGUUAUCACUCUACUACAUGAUGAAGAAUGCAAAUAAUUUUUGAAGGAGUGUUAUUUAAGAUUUUUUUUUCCAUAUUUGACCAGUAAUCCAAGUCCCAAAAUAAUUUACACAUGGGAGUCCACAUCAAAGGAAAAAUGUAUGUAUGUACUCACACAGCACAUAACAAUGUAAAAUUGUGUCUGCCCAUUAUAAUACCUUUGACAUUAACCACUCUGAUUAUUUUGAAUACUGGUUUCCAAAAUAAAAUGAGAUAUGGGGAAACAUGAUAUCUCUGUUGGGUAUUUGUAUACAAAUAAACCUUUUCAGAUGUA